GAAAACACACAGAAAAAACACCCACACCCAUUGAUAUUCUAUGGGUAAAAGUGCAAACUUGAGAUCACCCGUGAUAUCAUCUAUAUAUGCCUUCAUUCAACCCAAUAUAUUUGAGAAAAGAAGAAGAAGAUGCAUACAUCGGUAUCUCCAUACAAGUAGGAGCAUAUAUAUCCCAAUUUAGUUUUAUUCUCAAGUCAUUAGAUUAACAUAUAAAGAUUUUGAUCCCAACCCACUUGCAAUAACCGAAAGACCUUUAGAAAACAAAUAAUUUUCUAUAAUCCAAAUUGUAAAAUAAAAUAUAUGCCCUAACUAAGCUUGUUUAAUUUGAAUGAAAUUAAAAACAAAUAAUAUAUAGGAAAUAGAUCUGACAACAAGGUGACAAAGCAAAGAAUUGGGUAUCUCAGUUACAUUUUGAAUUGGCGGUGUGAAAACUGCCACGUCAGGAACACAUGACAGUCUUAGCGAGUACAGAAGCCUAAAGAAGUACAACUGACCACAGACUGCUGGGAUAAUGAACGUUAGAAACAGUACGGUUGGGACGUAAGGCCACGGCCCUGCAUGCCCUAGUAUUGCCCUGAUGAGCCUGCAGGCUGCUGGGUGCUGCGUCUGCGUGAAUGAAACCACUCGGAACUUUCCCCUGUGGCGACAGGGCAAUCAUUGCUCUCUGAUGAGGUAAACUCACAUGCAAUGCAUUCCCGUCAGGCCGAACGCCGACAAGAAGAGCUAGAACCCUCUUUUAAGUCCCGUUUUCCUAUGAUUAACUCCAACAAACAAGUAAUCGAACAGUCUGUGUUUUCUGGAUCCACCCAUCGGCACUGCCUUCUCCGAAGAAACGCCAUCAAUCAACCAUGAAAGAUCAAGCGCCGGUGGCCAACGAUGCCGCCUCCGCCCAAGAAGAUGGUCUCGCUUACUGUUGCUGGUGGCGAUCGGCGGCAAAGUUUGAGGAGUGCGCCAGGCUGAAGUCGGAGCUGGUGCCGCAGAGCCUGUCGAAGCUCACGCCCACGCUCAAGCUCCUCAGAGAAAUGGAGAGGCUGGCCCUGGUUGCUCCGGCCGGCCUUGACGAGCUCCGCCACAAGCUCUUCACCUACCGUUCCGGCGACUUCUGGGUGCCCACGGGCGGCAUCGGCAAGGAAGCCAUGGAUAUCCCGGCUGUCAGCACCAUUCUACUGGCGGGCUUCCACGACGCCGGCAAGAGCUCCCUCGUCAACCUCAUGUACAGCGUUUUCGGCCGCUCCGGCCUCAUUCCCUUCCCCCAAGCCACUUGCGGAAGCGGGUUUGAUCCCAAAAGCUGGUUCAUGGAGGAACACAACGUGUUGAGAUCGAUGAGAAGCGGGUUCUGCGUGUACGAUACAAGAGGCUUCGACUACGAUCGCGUGUACCAGUGCACCGAAGAGCUCUCGGAAUGGCUAAGCGAAGGAGUUCGUCACAAGCAGCCCUGCUUCCAACCAGGCGAGCAUGAAUCGGAGAUGGCUUCCUUCCCCUCCAAGUUCGCCAGGAGAAGAGUGACCUGCGUCAUGGUGGUGGCAAACGUUUCAGACAUCCAUAAAGCUCUGAAAGUCGGCGAUAAGCAGCCACUGGAGGCCACCAAAGAGCUCUUCUGCUCUCCCCCUUUGAAGAGAUGCAACGAGAACCCCAUCCUGAUCUUGACGCAUGGCGACAAGUUAUCAACGGAGGAAAGGAUCGAUUCCCGGCUGAAAAUCUGCCAGCACCUGGGCGUAUCGGAGACCAGUGGAGUGUACGACAUUGUUUGCCUGACGGAAUUUGGAUUCUUGGCGGAUGAAUCGGAUCCUAUCACAGCUUAUGCACUCUGCGAAGCAAUUUACAGGGCUUUACUCAUCUCCGACAGAAGCCAUCUUCCCAAGAAGAACUUCCAGGAUUGGGCUUUCCACUGCCUGUCCUGGCUCGUUUGCUUACUUGGCGUCUUCUUUUCUCUCCUUGGCCAUAUUUUUUCCAAGCUUGGACAGAAGAUUCACUGAAGAUGAAGAUACUUAUAUGCCUCUGUAGCAUAGUUUAAGCGAUUGGAUAAAUAAUAUGUCGGUGUUAAUUUGCUGA